GCUUACAAGGGACGGCCCAGCAACUCGUGGCCCUUGUCAAGAAUACCGAUACACAGAUCCUGAUCGAUCCUGCUGUCGUCCUUUCUAGGUGAUCAUGUCGGAAAAACACCUCUGUAGUAGUAUUGUUGAUCGCUUGUCCAUCGUCUUUUCCAAGUCCACUUUCGUGUUUCAAAGAUGAGACGGGGUUUCCCAAUUAUUUUCAUACAUUGCCAGUUGUUAUUGGACUACGGCCAAUGCAACAUGAUGACGUUCGUUAUAGCAAAAAAAUUCAAUUGCCUUGAUAGGUGCGAUUGCUUAGUGUUAGAACUAGAAGGGGAUGAGGAUCGGAGGCAUGUAGUUAGAAAUCGAGUUUUUUAUUCUUGAUUCUUGUUGAACUCAUUCUCAUGAAUUGAAUGAUGAGCUACUAGCUCUAGCACUAGGUGGUCGUAGUCAUACUUUUCAGGUUCUAUCAUGAGCAGGAUUGACUUGUUUCAUUCUUCUUCUUCUUGACCGAGAGCGAUCAGUGAGUAAGUGCUUCGCAACAUCAACAUUUAUCCUCAUCCAACAAAGCACAAACAGUCGAAAAUGUCACUUGCACCACCAGAAGAGUACCUUGAGCAACUCAAGGUGUUGCGCGAAAUUCGCGCAGCCGCCUCGCUAAGGGAUGACCUCCCUUUACCGCAGAUUUGCGUCAUCGGCGCAACUUCUGCGGGAAAGAGCAGCUUCCUUUCGCGCCUCACUGGUGCUCUUACUCACUGUGUGCAUUGUCCAUCUCCAUCAUCGUUUUAAUAUCAUCGUUUCCAGAUCUGGUGUAGUUGGUAGUUACCGUCGUUCUGAUGUUCUACUUAUUAAUUAUGAUUUCAUAGCAAUUCAAAUUCUUUACAACUACACAUCCAAGCACUGUUGCUUUUUCAUUAUUUCCUCGCGUUCUGUGCCUGUGCUGGGGGCACUUCGACUUCGCACUCGAGUUGUUGUUUCAACAAUGUGGCUGUGAUUUCAUCAAAUAACUUUCACCAGGUGUUCCGUUUCCGCAAGGAAGCGAUAUGUGUACUAAAGGCGCUGUGGUUGUUGACUGUUCGCAGUCGGUUGGCGCAACUACACCGGGAGAAGGUGGAGCCCUGUGCACUCCUUCGACAAUUGCCGCCGGCGCUGCUCGCGCUUCUUCUUCGUCAUCAUCCAGCUCUGAAGUGGCGCCUUAUGCUAUGGAGGAUGUUGGUCAAACCGGCGGCCACAGCGGCACAGAGAGCGGAGAUGGGGCACUUGUACCUCUUCAAGAUUCAUCUGCUUCGCUCCUGAAGAAGGGCAACGCCAAUAACAACGAACCAACGCAAGCGCAGAACAAGACAAAGGCGGGCUAUACGUACAAGGUGCACGACGGCACCAAGUACGUGCCAUGCAAGUUCGAAGAGGUCGCUCGGAAAAUUUCGAAGCGACAGGAUGCGCUUUUACUUAUGAUUUUGGACGCUUUUUAUUAUAGUUAUUGAGAAUUGAAACUGCUACUGGUACUGCUAGCCUUUCUUUCUUUGAAACUGGACAGACUGAUAUUUAACCGAAGACGCACUAGAAAGAAAAUAUCUUGUGAUCUUCUACUUACGUUAGCCAUCGGAAAUCAAAAUUAUCAGAAUCAUAUUACUAGUGCUGAGUACUACGAGUAGUAUUAAUGGCUCGAGGCUGGCACCCCAUGAUUUUUUUUAUUGAACAGGUUGUAAAUCAAAAUCAAAAUUGCUCCUGAAUUUGAGACGCUCUCCAGCGUGAUAGUUUCAAUUAAUCUUGAUCUUCAACACCCACCUCCAAUUCAAUUGAAGAUGAAAGAAAAAGAUGCUUAAUCUAUCAUCAUGUUUCGACGAAGUCUUCUAUUGAUCAGUGCUUGCACAUUACCGUGCCCGCUCCUGACUCUUAUAAUUUGCAACAUCUUCUAAUUCGUGCGAGGCUUUCCCGCAGUUUUCCAGUGGUGACGUUAGCAAGCUCCGCCAAUUAACGAAGGAAGAGAUCAAAGUCGAAGCGUCAGGGCCUGACCUGGCUGACUUGUCACUUGUGGACUUGCCUGGUUUCGUGCAGAACGAUGGAGAUCAGCAGGGGUUGAAGGAGAAGAUCGAGGAGCUAGUCAUCUCCUACAUCCAGAAAAAGAACACGUUGAUCUGUGUGGUAUCGGAGGCAAAGGAGACGCAGGAUAAUGUUGGGGGUUUGCAGCUGGCUCGGAAGUACGACCCCACGGGAGAGCGCACCAUACAGGUGCUCACAAAGUUCGACGUUUUCGAUCAACCAGAAGCACGAGCGCGAGCAGUUAAAUGGGUACAGUGUUCGUGUUUCACUUACAGUGAUUAUCAAGAGUCGACGUCGAUGACCACUAACUACAGUGUCGAUGUAUGAUACUGAUGCCCUCAUUACUUGGUGAGAUGAACAAUAGCUUCCCACCUCUGCAUGCGUGUGUUAAAUGUCGCUCCCCAACAUCGAAUUCAAAUAGUAGUUGAAGUGUUUGCAGGACAUAAUCUGUCAGGACCUUUUUUGAAUCUACUAACUUGUAGUAAGCACUUACUUCUACAUGAUUAUUCCUUGCCAUCUUCUUUUAGCAGGUCUUUUUUAGAAGUAGAAAUAAAACCAGCAACACACUACACUCACCAUCAUACUCAGGAGUAAAAUUCGGUGUAAGUAGUUGUAGCAGGCACAACAUGUUCAUCACUCUUCUCCAAAUGCACUUGCGUCAGGUUUAUAACGAUGUCGAACAAGGAAAGCAGUUGGGUCGACAUGCGAUUAUCAACCGAAACAGUUAUGGCAUCGAACUCACGCCUGACGAUGAGGUGGCCGAACUUCAGAAGAUGCAGCUUCCGUUCGCUGCGUGCGGUAUCACUGCGUUUCGAGAGCGUGCUACGCCGCUGUUCGCUGAGCUCAUCAAGACAAACAUCGUUCCACUGGGGCUGAGCCUCAACAAGAAGCUCCGCGAGACGACCAUGGAGUUGGACAAGCUUGGCCGACGGCCACCACGCAGUGACGAGCUGAUUACUCGAGUGAAGACGCAGUUGGGCGAUAACACACCUCGACUGCAACAAGAUCUGAGCACGCGAGCCUUCAUCCCGUUUCAAACCGCAGUGGAGGGCGUCAAAAGCAAACUAACGCUGGAGUACACCACGAAAAACUUUGGCCGUAACGUCUUCGUGUGUUCCACUUUUCAAGGUGGGGAAGUUUUUGACGACUGCUUGCGACGGAUCAUUAUGAGAUCCCUUUGCUUUUUCAUAUUCAUCUUUCCGUAAACUAACAUUUGCAUUACUUUCUACUAUUACUAUCUCUCUGUAUCUGUAUCUCAUCUGUCAAGUAGUUGCUGCAUGAUACUUCAUCUUCGUUGUGUUUGUGACACGGACAACUCACAACUGCUGUGGAGUGCUGAUGCUGUGGCACUGCAGAAGUGCCUGAUCAGCUGCAUCAAGAACAAGAAUCAUUUUUAUAGAAGACCCACUCCCACCUCUCUAAGCAGCAGAACGAAUGGGAACCCAUCUUGGAGAAAUACAUGACGAGUGCGAUCAAAGUGGUCAGCGACUCCGCAGAAGAAUAUCUGCGGCCCAUCCGAAUUCCGCUGUUGCUCAAGAAUACAGUGGCAACGGAAUUCAGAGCCUUCUGCAAGAGGGAAGUGAACCAGUAUUUUCGUGAUGAGUGCAGCAAGGCGCUGGAACUCGAGGUCGAUUUUGGCACAGCUAAUGCGAUUUUUCAGCAGAACUUCGCGAGAAAUGAGCUAUUGCCGGAUCGGCUGCGAGAGAUCAUGGAGAAGCGCUUUGAAUGGGCAGCAGAAUCGAUGAAGAAGAAAGAGCUGAAUGCUUCCACAUUUCUGCGCGAAGUUGAGCGCUCGGUGUGCGAAUACGUUGACGAAAUCCAUUCGGCCUGCGGGUCUGCCUCGACUUCUUCACGCAGCGGCGCUGCUUCAUCUAGUGCUGCGGUAGUUGACGUCUUUGCGGAUCCAACGACCACGGCGGACGAGCAGUCAAAACAGCGGAUCCACAGCGCUGUGUUGGCGACGUUCCACGUCGAGUCCCGGACUCUGGUCGACGCCGUUCUCAAGCACACACGAUUAUGCGUGGUUUUCUAUUGGUUCACUCAUGUUGCUACAGCUACAGUACCUGCUGGUACAUCAUGAGCCAAAGAGACUAAGUACAUCUUCAACUCACUUCAUUUCAUCAAGCACUAUAAAAAAACAUGGUCAAUACUAGAAGAAGAGUUAGAGCAGCCGCCAUUCUUCUACAUCACCUGCUCUAAAGUAUUCCACGCUGCUCUCGAUGCGCAAGGUUUGGGUAGACAAUCGUCUUCAGGAGCUCGAGACGGUGCAGAAAAACGCGCAGGAACCACCGCAAACACAGAAAAAACGCCAAGCAUUGGAACAACAGGAAGAGCGCCUGGACUACUGCUGGACACGCAUUUAAGGCCCUUCGGUCAUGCAUUUCGUCGACAGAUGUUAUAUAUAAUUUUCCGUAUCGUCUAAGUCUAUCUCUUAUUCUACUAACUUAGUUUCCAUUUCCUUUAUUUCCUAGUUUUCAUCCCUGUUUAUUGACUUUUGGUAUUCUUUCGAUAUAAUGUCUUGUUACUCAGUCUCAAACAACUGAUACAAGCUGUAUAAGAAAUACCAAUAUUUGGACACUAACUAUUCAAUAUUGAUGUCGUUCUGUUUGGAGAGAUGUUCAAAUUUCGAAGAUGAAUCAUUUUGAGCUCUAACGUAUGCAGUUGCUGGGCGGUGGAAAUAUCUUCAACGCAGACGGCGAACUCAUAGACAACAACUUGCAAGGCGUGAGUGCUGGGGCAGGAGCUGCAGUAGAUGCCGAGCAUGAGCAAGAUUUUCAUGACGCCAGCAAUGACGAAGAAGAUGAAGAAGAAGAAGAAGAAGAAGCGCAUGUAGUCGCUGCGCCAGGGAGCGCUCAGCACUAUGAUCAGGCAGGCGCAGGCCAGGUUGUAGAUGAAACUGAUCUACCUGAUGGACAUGAAAGAGACGCAAAACGGCAGAGAACGGAGUGACUUUCGUAUUGGGUCUUUUUUGCAGAGAAUAGCAAUAGUAGAGUGAUUUCGGUAAAUUGAUAUUGAUUUUCUUUUUCAUGAUCUUGUUUCCCCAUCAUGUCAAGUUCUAAAAAGUAUAAUAUAUUAUGUAGAUGUAGAAGGAACAAUAGUUACUAGCAAAAUGAACAAGAUAUGACUUGAUUUCAACAAUACAACAUCAGCGUAUCUAUGUGGCAUCUUCACAUCAUUGAAGUAAGUAUAGGUAAACAAUCAUCAACAAUAAUUACGGUAAUUAUAAAACGAGAUUUAAAGCAGAAACGGCUGAGCACCGCCAGAAGUAACGAAGCAGAAGUGGGAAAAUCAUCCCCACUGUAAGGAAGAAGUGCGUUGUAUUGAAUCUGAUGGACUUCUUACUCGAAUAUCCAGACUUCUGAUUAUAUCUUAGCUUGAGAACUCCCUAAGACUACGACUACCCCAAGAUCAAAUCUAUCUGAAAGAUGAGUUGAUGUUGCUGAUUGAACUCCCCCCUUUCGGGUGCUGUCGCUUACCCUUCUUUUGAUGUGCCAGAGGCUUAGCAGGAGACCCUCAUUGUGAUAUUCAUCCGCAGAAUUACAACUACAACUUCACUUUCUUGUCAAGUUAUCAUCUACGUCGCAUUUUCCAUAUUCUUCUACUAUCUGGGAUGAAAAACGACCGAAGAUGCACGCA